AUGGCCGCGAAGAGCAGCACGAUGCCAGGAAAGAAAUCCGUUUUUGUCGCUUAUUUUAUGUGGCUUUUUACGGGAAUUUUUGGUGGACAUCAUUUUUACCUUAGGCGGGAUCGCCAUGCAUUUGUGUGGUGGACCACACUGGGUGGUUUUAUAAUAGGGUGGCUCGGCGAAAUUUUUAGAAUUCCUCGGUAUGUCCGCGAAGCCAAUGACGAUCCACAAUAUGUGGAAGAAUUGGCAAGGAGAGUAAUCCAGAACAAAAAGCCGCCAUUUUCUAUGAAUCGAUUCACUGGGAUGCUGAUGGUUGGAUAUUCCUGGGCGCAAAUGACAAUGUUUGCCAUUCCUCCGGACUCAUUCUGGGGUAUAAAUCUCCGCUACUUGAACCUGCUGAUUCCCGUGGCUCUUGGACUUGAUAAAGCGAGACGUCAAGUGGUGAAGGGAAACAAAGAUAAAGCUAAAACUGAAAUCUCAGUUUGUGAUAUGGAUGAUUCUAAGGCUAAGCCUGAGGGUGUAUGGACUGUAGGAAACAUCGGUAAUGAGGAGGGGUCUCUCAAGUGGCCGUUGCUUGGUGCCUUUGCGGCCUAUCCAAUCCGCUACUAUGUCUUUGACGAUAGUAUCUGGUUUACUAUUAUGCUUCUUGCAUCGGCCUGUGCAUUCGAUUCGUACUCCAAGCGUUGGCGAAGGACCCCCAAGAAGAAGACCCAUAACGUCAAGCGUGUUUCCAUCCUGGCUGCUUGUGCCUGCAUAUACCUGUCACUCUGGUGCAGCUAUCUGUAUUUCCAUGGUACAAUCACUGACAGCGAAGGCGAUGAGGUACCGAUAUACGAAGCUUUACACCACUUCUUCACAAGCCCCUGGUGGUUAGAUGUAAAGCAAUGCAUUGCUGAAACUUACCAGUACGCGCAGCAUCACGGAUGGUAUGAGGUCUGGAAGCAGAUCAUAGACCUAUCGGACCCUCACGGAGAACAAAAUGCUUACAGGGGAUUUUUCCCAGCGGCCUGCGCUUGUGAAUUAGGACCUUAUGAACGAUUAAAAGCGGUGCUGGGAGUUAAUCGCGAUUCGUCUCAAUCUGAAAUAACGUCGGUCUGGAGGAAGCUGUCUCGGGAGAACCAUCCUGACAAAGUCAAGGACGAGGCAGAACGCAGGGCUGCUCAGGAACGCUUCAUGGAGAUCCAACAAGCAUACGAAAUCCUGUCGAACAGCAAACACCGACGCAACCGACGAAACAAAAAGGACAAUUCGGAUGCAAUAAAUAUAUAG